AAAGGCAAAGGCAAAGGGCAAAGGGAAACGAAAGCAAAGCCUCUCAUGUUUUUGUGGAGAGGAGAAGAGAACGCUUUUCUUUCUCCCUCUCUCUCUCUCUCUCUCUCUCUAAAAACUCUCUCUCUCUGCCUUUGAAAACAAAAAUAGAAGGUUAUUGUGAUUAGUGUUUCUGUUUGAUCGGUUGGGGGAUUGGUGGUGGUGGUGAGUGGUGAGUGGUUGUUUUUGAAAAGGGAAUGGGAGUUCCGGCGUGAUGGAGAGAUGGAAUUCGAGGCCGGAAUUCCGAUGUCCCGAGCUGCUGCUGCUGCUGCGGCUGCCGCGGCUGCUGCUGCUGCCGCGGCUGCCGCCGCUGUCUCUGUGACUGAACCUUCCUCGCUCUCACCCAACUCAGAUGCAAUGUGGCAAAUGAACUUGAGAUCAAGUGAAACAAUGGAAUCUGGGCCAUAUCCUGAGCGUCCUGGAGAGCCAGAUUGUUCUUAUUACAUAAGGACUGGCCUCUGUAGAUUUGGGGCAACAUGUAGAUUUAAUCAUCCUCCUAACAGGAAGCUGGCUAUUGCCACUGCACGGAUGAAGGGGGAGUUCCCAGAAAGAGUAGGACAACCCGAAUGUCAGUACUACCUGAAGACAGGAACUUGCAAGUUUGGAGCCACAUGCAAGUUUCAUCAUCCUAGAGACAAGGCUGGGGUUGCUGGAAGAGUUGCCUUAAAUAUUUUAGGCUAUCCACUUCGCCCGAAUGAGGCUGAAUGUGCCUAUUAUUUAAGAACUGGCCAAUGCAAAUUUGGAAACACCUGUAAAUUCCAUCACCCUCAACCAACUAAUAUGAUGGUUUCAUUGAAUGGUUCAACUGUUUAUCCAACUGUCCAGUCUCCAACUACUGGUCAGCAGUCAUAUGCAGGAGGAAUUACAAAUUGGUCAAGAGCAUCUUUUAUUCCCAGUCCACGCUGGCAAGGACCUUCGAGUUAUGCACCAUUGCUUCUACAUCAAGGAAUGGUGUCAGUUCCUGGAUGGAAUGCAUACGGCGUCUCUAUUCAGGGUCAGCUCGGAUCAGUUUCGUCUUCAGAGACCCAGCAGCGAACAGUGGCAAACAGUCAGAUUUAUGGAACCUCACGCCAAGGUGAAUCCACUAGUGCAGGAUCUCAAGGGACAUUUUCCCCAUUUCGUUCAGGCUCUGUCCCUGUAGGGUUCUAUGCUUUGCAGAGGGAGAAUGUAUUUCCUGAGAGACCUGGCCAACCUGAAUGCCAGUUUUACAUGAAAACUGGUGACUGUAAGUAUGGUGCAGUUUGUCGGUUUCAUCAUCCUAGAGAGAGACUAAUUCCUGCUCCAGAUUGUGUCUUGAGUACCUUAGGUCUUCCUUUACGUCCGGGAGAACCUUUAUGCAUCUUCUAUUCUCGCUAUGGUAUCUGCAAAUUUGGUCCAAGUUGCAAGUUUGACCACCCCAUGGGAAUUUUUGCGUACAAUAUCUCUGCGUCAUCUUCAGCUGAUGCCCCUGCGCGACGUUUGUUGGGGUCAUCAUCAGGAGCCGCUGCAUUAAAUUUGUCAUCCGAAGGACUUGUUGAUGCAGGCUCGGCAAAGCCCAGGAGACUUUCAUUGUCAGAGAGUAGACAGUUGCCUUCUGGUGAUGAUAACAUUGACACCGAAGAGUGAAGACACAAGUCAUUUACUUUUUACAGUCUUUUGGGGUUCAGCAAGAGUUAUCUGUAAAUUCAUUUCCCAUUGCUGGAGAUGUACAGAAUUCAUGUCAAGUUAAUUCUGUUCUGAAAAUGCAUUUCAGUUGAAAGACUUGACUCUCCUGUAUUUCAUAUUGCUGCAUUGUAUAAAAUCUGCAAAUAUUGUCACAUGGAAAAUUCCAAUGUGAACAUUUCAUCAGUCUGACAUCCGAUCUUUCUGAUUUUAAUGUUGUAUUUUUUUCCCAGUACUUUAUGUAAAGAAUAUUUUUUUGGGGCAAGUUUUGAUAGCCUAAGUCUGGUUUUCCCCUUAAUCUAAUCACACAGGUUUGAAA